AAAUGGCAACGACAAAACGGCUUCUUAGAGAGAGGUUAUAUUCUUAACGUGUAUUUCAGUUUGGUUGGAGUAAGUCGUCUCUUCUCAUUCCCUUCUCUUCUCUGCUGAGAAAGACCCACAACACCAAACCAAUAUAUAUAUACAAACCAACAUUCUCAUUCUCAUUCAUAGUUUCAUUUGAUGCACCCACUUUCACUCACCUUCCUCUCAUGGCGGGUGCACACUCCCUCAGACAACACCAAACUUCUUCUUCAAGGCUUCUCCUUCUCCUAACCGUUCUCCCUCUCACCUUAGCCUUAUUUGCUUUCAUCCUCCAAUGGCGUGGUGGUGUCACCGACCCUGUCACCCGCUGGUCACCCGAUCAAAACCAGUUUCCCGGCAUGAUCGGUUCCCCUCCCUCACACCACCAUUCUCACUCCGAUUGCUCCAAUCUUCUCUCUCGGUCACACUCUCCUUCCUUCCCUUACUUCCGCGAUUGGUCCUUCGAUUUCACAUCACAUCUCACUCCCAAGAUAUGUAUUACGACCAGUACUUCCGCUGGUUUGGAACAGACUCUGCCGUGGAUCUUCUAUCAUAAGGUUAUGGGAGUCUCAAGUUUUCUCCUUUUUGUAGAAGGGAAGGCUGCGUCCCCUAAUGUCUCUGCAGUUCUACAAAGCAUUCCUGGGGUAAAGGUCAUAUAUAGAACAAGAGAGUUAGAGGAACAGCAAGCUAAAAGCCGAAUAUGGAAUGAGACUUGGUUAGCGAGCUUCUUCUACAAACCGUGUAACUACGAAUUGUUUGUGAAGCAAUCUUUAAACAUGGAAAUGGCUAUUGUCAUGGCAAGGGAUUUAAGAAUGGAUUGGAUCAUUCAUCUAGACACUGAUGAACUGAUGCAUCCAGCCGGAACUCAAGAGUACUCUUUAAGACAGUUGUUAGCUGAUGUGCCUGGAAAUGUUGAUAUGGUUAUUUUUCCAAAUUAUGAAAGCAGUGUAGAGAGGGACGAUAUCAAGGAGCCUUUCAGUGAGGUUUCAAUGUUCAAGAAGAACUAUGACCACCUUCCAAAGGAUAUAUAUUUUGGAAAUUACAAAGAAGCAACCCGCGGCAAUCCAAACUAUUUUCUUACUUAUGGGAAUGGGAAAUCAGCUGCCAGGGUUCAAGAUCAUCUCCGUCCUAAUGGUGCACACAGAUGGCACAACUAUAUGAAGACACCUAAUGAGAUAAAACUGGAAGAAGCUGCUGUUCUGCAUUACACCUACACCAAAUUUUCUGAUUUGACUUCGAGACGUGAUCGGUGUGGCUGCAAGCCUACAAAAGAAGAUGUUAAAAGAUGCUUCAUGUUGGAUUUUGACAGAUCUGCGUUCAUAAUUGCUUCAACUGCAACUGAGGAGGAAAUGCUUCAAUGGUAUCGCGAACGCAUUGUGUGGACUGACAAAGCACUAAACAUGAAACUUAUGAGGAAAGGCAUCUUGACUCGCAUUUAUGCUCCCAUGGUUAUUAUUCAAAGUUUGAGGGAAACUGGUGUGUUUAAUUCUGUGAUUGCGAAAGCUGCUCAAACAGCGUUAUCAAAAGACAACUUUUUAAAAACUGUUGACAGUAGCAAUUCAACUAGGAAUGGCAGAUCAGAAAUGAUAUCCUCUAGAAAAAUUGAUGCUGGUGGAUUAUCCCAAGCAACUGCAAGAAGAAUCUUGGAAGUUGUAAAUGACUCAUUCCCAUCUGCAGUCCCACCAUUAUCUCCACCCAGCCAUGAUCAUGCUGACCUGAUUACAUUUUAGUUUUUUACUAACUCCUUGCCAUCAUCAGAAUUGAUUUUGAAGAUAGGUCUGAUACUUGAAUUGUGGGGAAAAUUUAAACAAGACAAUGAUAGAAACUCUUCUGGCUGUCAUGAUGGGCAUUCCAGUUUUUGGAUUCAUGGGGUUUUUCCCGAUCAUUACCCAAGCGCUUAUGUAAAUUUCAGGUAUAGAUUAUAGGCUUAGUGUAGAAAUCAUACAGAGCACAGUUUGCUAGCAUUUUCAUGAUUCUUUGUUUACCUCUAAUCUGUUUUUAUUCCCUUCUUUCCCUCCUAUUUUUAGCUACAUUUGGGCUCAUUCGCUGCCAUUGUAAUGGAAAAUAGUGGCCUACUGUAUUUUUUAUACACAUUGAGAGACAGUUAUACAGGUUAAGAUUUUCUCCCCCGGUUGAAAGUAGAAGUGAUUCAUUGAAUGAAAAUUGUGUUUUGCCAAAUUUUGCUAGAAUUAUAAAUGACUUCAUUGGUGCUGU